AUGAAUCGAAGAAAAAUACAUAAGCCUGUGGAAAAUAUCAAGAAGACACGAAAAGUUUACACAAUAGAAGAGAAAAUGGAAGUUAUUAGGAAAUGGGAAAGAGGAGAAAGAACAAAGAACAUAUGCUUGGCCAUGAACAUGAAAUCGUCUACCGUAUGCACCAUUCUUAAGAUGAGUGAGCAGAUUAAAAAACAAUACGAGAGUGCCAUUGGUGCUGGCAAGUUGCAUCGGCUAACAAAGUCUCGACAUUCAAUAUUUAUUGAGUUUGAGAAGUUUUUGGUUCAGUGGAUCGAUACCCAUGAUUAUCUUGGAUUACCACUAAGUUCGUCCCUCAUAAAAGAGAGGGCCAUUCAAUUGUUUAGUGAACUGAAGGAAAAAAAGACUGCAGAGGGGGAUACUACAGUGAAAGAUAUUGAAUUUAAAGCAAGUUCUGGAUGGUUUGACCGAUUCUGUACUCGAUCACAAAUAAAGAACUUAAAAUUGUAUAGAGAAGUUGCAUCGGAUUCUACCGAUGCAGCUUCGGCAUUUCCUAAAGAAUUGAAAAAAAUUAUUGACAAAGGUGGCUAUACUCCACAUCAAAUAUUUAAUAUUGAUGAGACGGGUCUCUUCUGGAAGCGAAUGCCAUCUUGUACCUCCAUCUCGAAAGAAGAUGCCAGGAGUAAGGGGUAUAAAGCCUCUAUGGAUAGACUUACAUUAUUGCUAGGUGGAAACUGUGCAGGUGAUAUAAAGCUAAAGCCUCUUCUUGUGUACCAUUCAGAAACACCUAGAGCUCUUAAGAGGAUAGCCAAGAGUUCAUUACCAGUGAUGUGGAGGUCAAAUCAGAAAGCAUGGGUGACACAGGAUUUAUUCAAUGAAUAUAUACAUGGUUAUAUGUCACCAUUUAUCAAGAAUUAUACUGAGGAAAGAAAUCUUGCCAAUAAGGCUCUCCUAAUAAUAGACAAUGCUCCAGCCCAUUCUUCAGAUAUCGGUAAUCUAUGUGAUAACAUUCAAGUUGUAUUUCUCCCUCUCAAUUCAACACCUCUUUUACAACCCAUGGAUCAGGGCGGUAUCCGUGCUUUCAAAUCACAUUACUUACAGCUCCUUAUGCAAUAUCUUACUUAUUCCUCCGUUGAAGAUGAAAAUAUUUCCAUAAAAACAAUGAAUGCAAUUUGGAAGAAACUUCUUCCACAAUAUGUAGCCAACUUAGACAUUGAUGAGGUUGUUGAAAUAAAAACAAAUAUUGUUGCUCUGGCUAAAAUGGCUGGCAUGGAAGAAGUUGAAGUGGGAGAUAUAGAUGAAUUAUUAUCAUCUCACUCUGAGGAACUUACACUUGAUGAAAUGAUUGAGCUGCAAAGACAUUUUAAGUCUGAAGACCAAGAUGAGAAGGAGGAUGAAGAAGAAAUGAAAAGUAAAGAAAAAAUUUUGGAUGACAGAUCUUUAAAAGAACUUUUGGAUACAGCAGAUAAAUUGACUAAUAUUGCUGUUGAGUGUGAUCGUGAUAUGACAAGAAGCAUAACAUUUAAGAAUGCCAUCAUGAAUGCAUGUGAAUGCUAUAGGAAACUAUAUAGGUGUAAGGUUCAAGCCUGUAAGCAAGUGCCUAUUUCAACUUGUUUUAAUCCAAAAUCAGUGAGGUCUUUUAAAGAUGAUAUAUCAAAGCCUUCAACUUCUGGCAUUCAAGCUACAAAAAAGAGAAAACUAUCAGAGUCUUUAUCUUCUCUAAAAACAAAACAAUUAUCAUGUUCAUCCUCAGGCUCAGGAGUAAAUAAUGUUGUUCCACUUGAGAAGUGUUUUUCUCCAAAAUCCCUCCUCCAAUUAUGCCUUCAUCGUCAUCAGCAGCUAUUCAAUCAUCGCCACCUCCAGUAG